AUGUACGAAUUCGCUCUGGUCGAAUCGCAAACCUAUAAAGAGGGUCAGGUAAUUCUGGAAAACGCCCUGGUAGUGCCCCUACAACGAGGAAUACCAGAUCCGAUAUCGGAAAAUGAUAAACGCCCUCCAACAACGCCUCCCAUCGAGACCGCCCGUCAUCGGACGUCGUCUGGAAUGAGUAGUCGUACGAAUUCAGAAUCCAGCACGUCGUCACACUCAUCGUCGUCGGAUUUUCAUCGGAAACAUUGA